UAUAAUAUGGUAAUUUGCAUAUGCAUUGCAUACAGUUUGUGAAGCUCAAGAGAGACAUGAUGGAUUCAGAGACUGGUGGAGGUUGUUCUCCGACGGUGCAAAUGGGAAUAUGGUGGUUCUCAGUGUUGAUCUUUGUUGGGUAUGUAAUGGUUUGGAUUAUGAUGCCUACAAACACCUUCUUUCUUCAUUGGUUACCGCACAUUCAUGCAGAGACAGAUUCAAUAUACUUCGGCAAACAAGGGACAUUCAUACUGGUUUACACAUUCCCAAUUUUAUUAAUAGCCACUUUGGCCAGUCUAUACUUUCAUUUGGAGCAAAAGCGCUCUAAUCGUCAUAAUACUAAAAAAAGCAGGGAGGGACUCUUAGGAUUGGCAUCAUGGAAAAGACCAUUGCUUGUAAAUGGUCCUCUUGGGAUAAUCUAUAUGACAGAACUCUCUUUCAUUAUCAUGUUUGUUUUACUAUUAAUUUGGUCCUUGUGCUCCUACUUACUUGACAUGUUUGGUAGCGUGGCACUAGAGGCAGCUAACCAGAGAGUGCAAGUGUGGGAAGCCAAGUUGGAAUGUUCAGCCCUUGCUUUAGGCCUUGUUGGGAAUAUUUGCUUAGCUUUAUUGUUCUUUCCUGUCUCAAGAGGUUCUUCAAUUUUGAGGUUCAUUGGCCUAACAUCAGAGGGAAGCAUCAAGUAUCAUAUCUGGCUAGGACACAUUGCAAUGGCCCUCUUCACAGCUCAUGGUCUAGGUUAUAUUAUCUUUUGGGACAAGACACAUCAAAUCUCAGAGAUAUUGAAAUGGAACAAAGUUGGCAUCUCAAAUGUAGCUGGAGCAGUUGCUCUACUUGCUGGCUUAAUCAUGUGGGCUGCUACCUUACCUUACAUAAGGCGAAAAGCUUUUGAGCUUUUCUUCUACACUCAUUACCUUUACAUUGUCUUUGUAGUCUUCUUUGUUCUACAUGUGGGAUUUUCCUCUGCAUGCAUAGUGCUUCCAGGAUUUUACCUAUUCAUGAUUGACCGAUACCUGAGAUUCCUUCAGUCCCAGCAGAAAAUUAGGUUGCUUUCUGCCCGUGUUUUGCCCUGUGAAGCUGUUGAACUUAAUUUCUCCAAGAACCUAGGACUGUGCUAUGCUCCUACAAGUAUCAUUUUCAUAAAUGUUCCUAGUAUCUCCAAGUUGCAGUGGCACCCUUUUACAGUCACCUCCUGCAGUAAUACUGAUUCUGAUACCUUAAGCAUUGUCAUCAAAAGUUCAGGAACUUGGUCCCAUUCUUUGUACCAGAAGCUAUCAUCUUCAUCUCCAAUAUCCCACCUUGAUGUCUCCAUUGAAGGGCCCUAUGGACCGGCUUCAACCUUUUAUUCAAGGCAUGAAAUGCUAGUGCUGGUGAGCGGAGGUAGUGGUAUUACUCCUUUCAUUUCCAUAAUCCGUUCGUUACUCUUUAAGGCCAAAUCUGAAGAGGGCAAAAUUCCUAAAGUUCUUCUUAUAUGUGCCUUCAAGAAGUCCAUUGAUCUCACCAUGAUAGACCUCAUCCUCCCAGUUUCAGCCACAGCCUUUGAUAUCUCAAGUCUUCAGCUUCAGAUUGAAGCUUAUGUAACCAGGGAGAAACAGCCAGACAUGAAUGACAGAAAGUUUAUUCAAACAUUAUGGUUCAAAUCAAAUGCAUUAGAUGAACCAGUUUCUGCAGUCUUAGGACAAAACAGUUGGCUCUAUCUUGGCAUUAUCAUCUCAUCCUCUUUUAUUUUAUUCCUUCUACUUAUUGCCAUCCUAACUAAAUAUUACAUAUAUCCAAUUGACCAUAAUUCAGACCUGAUAUACCCUUAUUUCUCAAGGUCCAGUUUAAGCAUGUUAUUCAUGUGUGUAUCUAUAGCCAUUGUAGCAACAACUGCUUUCUUAUGGAACAAGAAACAGAAUAAGGAUUUGGAGCAGAUUAAAAACAUCUACACAUCAAAUCCAUCAGCUUCUCCGGGUUCAGGAUACCAAAAUGCUGACAAAGAAUUAGGAAAUCUUCCCCUCCAAUCCCUUGUCCAAACAGCUAAAGUACAUUAUGGAGAAAGACCUGACAUAAAAAAAAUACUCUCUGGCUGUGUUGCAUCAAACAUUGGAGUUCUUGUUAGUGGCCCAAGAAAAAUGAGACAUGAAGUAGCAUCAAUCUGUACUUCUUGCUCGACGGAUGACCUACAUUUCGAGUCCAUUAGUUUCAGCUGGUGAUCUAUAAAUGCUGUUUGCAUUAUUUUUGUUUGUUUCAUACUCUUGUAAUACAGCUUACAAAAGUGGCUAUUCUGUCUGUAUAUGUUACGUAAAAUGGAUCACUUUGCUAUGUAUACCGUGAUUAGUUAGGUAAAAUUGUAGCUUCAUGACUUGGAAUGAACUCUGAUCAAUUUUAUUAUUCCUCGAUCAUAUUUUUCAUUAAAACAGGAAGUGAAAAAAAGUUCUUUAUUUCUCAAAUGCCAGUAAUUUUUUAAUGAAGUUCAGCAGUUCACAA